UGCGACUCCAAGCUACAAAACCGGUGUGGACUACAAAAGCAUGGCAGCUGCUGAAGCGGCGGCGGUGGUGUUGUCGUCCUCUUUGAAACCAGACCCAGCCCCAGUCCCCGAAAGUGCAGGGACAGCUGCAGCAACGGCCGCCACAUCCUCAGCGAUGGCUGCAGCCGCGGCGCUUGCGGCCGCGGCCAGGACCGGAUCCGAAGCCACGGUCUCCAAGCCCACGUUGGCUACUAAGCUGCUGUCGCUGAGCGGCGUGUUCGCUGUGCACAAGCCCAAAGGGCCCACUUCAGCCGAGUUGCUGAAUCGGCUGAAGGAGAAGCUGCUGGCAGAAGCUGGAAUGCCUUCUCCAGAAUGGACCAAGAGGAAAAAGCAGACUUUGAAAAUUGGGCACGGAGGGACUCUAGACAGUGCAGCCCGAGGAGUCCUGGUGGUUGGAAUUGGAAGGGGAACAAAAAUGCUGACCAGUAUGUUAUCAGGGUCCAAGAGAUAUAUUGCCAUUGGGGAACUGGGGAAGGCUACUGACACGCUAGAUUCUACAGGGAAAGUAACAGAAGAAAAACCUUAUGAUAAAAUAACACAAGAAGAUAUUGAAGGCAUUCUACAGAAAUUCACUGGGAAUAUAAUGCAGGUACCUCCCCUCUAUUCUGCAUUAAAGAAAGAUGGCCAGAGACUUUCAACUUUGAUGAAGAGAGGUGACGUAGUAGAAGCAAAGCCUGCCAGGCCAGUUACUGUAUACAGUCUCUCCCUUCAGAAAUUCCAGCCACCAUUUUUCACACUAGAUGUCGAAUGUGGAGGAGGUUUUUAUAUCAGAAGCUUGGUCAGUGACAUUGGCAAAGAACUCUCUUCCUGUGCCAAUGUGCUAGAGCUGACGCGCACCAAACAGGGACCUUUCACCCUGGAGGAGCAUGCCCUGCCCGAAGACAGAUGGACGAUUGAUGACAUCGCACAGUCUCUCGAGCAGUGCUCAUCUCUUCUUCCAGCAGAGCUGGCACUUAAAAAAGCAAAACCUGAAGAGUCUAAUGAGCAAGUUUUGAGCUGUGAGUAUAUAACUCUGAAUGAGACAAAGGGAGAAGAUGAUGUAAUUAAGACACUUUAAGACUGGCUUGGGAUUGUUAUCAUUUCCUGGUUGACAUUUGAAUCCUGUGUGCGGAAUGACAGGCUACAUGCAAAA